AUGAAUUAAUUGGUACCAAUUGAUUCAACCUUGUAAGCCAAUUUGGAACGCCUUAGUUAUUUGAUGGCCCAGAAGAAGGAGAAGAAACCUGACUUCAGAGAUCAAUUUCAAACUCAUUCAAACGCCAAGAAAAUAUUCGUUAAUUUGAGAGCAUUUGUCAAGCAGCCCCAACCUCCCUCCCCUCCUUCUUAGAACCAUAAAAAAGAGCACAAGAUUCCUUCAUAAACCAUCACUACGCAGACUUAGACUCCCAAAACUCCCACUUAUAGAUAAUAGUUCAUACGACCAUAGUCAUUAGCCUAACUAGAACCCUGCUUGAAGAGGCAAGAAAUCUCUGCGAGCAAUAUCAUGAGUGAGAGAACUAAUACUAAGGCUUGUUACAAGAAUUGGGUGGGUUUGUCAGUAAUAGAAAGGAAUGAUAUAUUUCUAAAGAAAAAACAAUCAAAAUUGUAGAAAAUGAGAGAGGAGAAAGACGAAAAGGAACUUAGCAAAUGCACCUUUACUCCCCACUUCUACAAUCAAAUUCUUAUUGAGAGACCAUCCUCAUGCUUUCAAAAUAAAUCUUAUUAGGAUAUUCACAAAUUACGAAAGAAUCAAAAUGAAAAAUUAUAUUGA